AUGGCUACAACUGGAGUGAGUCAACGGGAGUGGGGAAAUCACAAUUUAUUUUGUAUAGAUUUUUAUUGAGUAAACUAUAUAAUAGGCCUACAGUUAUUUAUUUUAAAUUAAAUGCUCCACAUAUUUAAUUAAGAGAUUUCCCACUCGACCCAUUAUGUGGUCAGCUGAAAAAUAAGGUUUUGUUCCAAUUUGGGUUUAAAGCUGAAGUGAGUUUGGCACAAAGACACAGAGUCCAUCUGCCACCACUACUGUUUGUAAAGUAAUGUGACUGUAAUGACAAUCGUGUUGGAACCGGUUCAGGGAACGGAUCCGAAAACCGGAAAAUAACUAUAUUGAGGAACAGAAUCCGAACCAGGAACCAAAGUGAUCUAUACUGUUAUUUUAUAAGCAUGGGAACCUCUUAAUAACAUGUAUUUUAUGUUCAAGUCCCACAAAAAAUGCCUAUGCUCUACACACAACCUUUUUAGCUAGCUAGCUAAUGUUAGCCCUGGUCCAAUGUUAAGCCAACUGUCGGAAGUUCAGACUUUCAAAGUUCCUCCAUAGAAGCCGCUCCUCUGUAGGUAUAAUUCUGUAGGCCAAAUUCGCUCUCCUCCCCAUCCACAUAAUGUCAGUCGCAUCUCGCGCCCUACAUGUCUGUCCAUCACGCAUAUAAACAACUAGGCUGUAGCUUGCCCCCUUCAUAGCAAGCUGUUCUUUCAGCACUGAUUGGUGAAGUCAUUUAAUGUCAAGCUUAAUUUAAAAAAGGAACACUAUAAACCGGUACUUUUUGUUUCGAACCGGUUUAGAACAUGUAUUUUGCUGUUGCUGGUCGGAACAGUGGAAUGGAGCAACAAAAAAUAUAUAUAAUUCUAUUCUGAUGACAAUACGCUCUGGAUAAGAGCGUCUGCUAAAUGACGUAAAUGUAAUACAAAACUCACUCCUACUGGUGUGAGCCAGGCCAGAUCUGUUUGAUUUCACUGACUUGUUUGAUGGUGUUUCUGUCUAUCCCUCUCGCAGGCUUCAUCGCAGCAGCUGAAAUUCACGACCUCCGACUCGUGUGACCGAAUCAAGGAUGAGUUCCAGUUCCUCCAAGCACAAUACCACAGGUACGUUUUUUUUAACACUUAUCACACUCACGCCCUCCAACCACAGCUUAUCAUAGGAACUAGUAUCUGUAGUUAAAAGGCAACUCCUCCAACUUUCAACCUCAUUUUCAUUAUCUCCGGCACAAUACCAGUGUCAACAUAUGUAAAAAUGGCACAUUAAAACGUUCUACCUGAUGACAUUAUCAAAAGUUAAAACAUUUUAAAAAGAGUGAUUUUCAAACACCUAUGAUAUUUGUGGGGAUCAAGAUAAUACCCUCCCUUGGACUAGAAACUCAUUGCAGGGUUUGAAAUUCAGUUAUUUGCCGUAAGUGUUUAUGUAGUGUGCAGCACUAAAAUACACUGCUGCACCACAUGGUUAUUUUAUCAAAAUCAAACAGGAAUAACCUACAUGAUUAGAAUGCCAAAUAAAUCACAGCAAGACAAAUACAUGUUUUGUUCUAGUAGUCUUCUGCUGCACCAGAGAAGGAAAAUACAUGAAAAUAGGCUAUUUUGUUUUAGGAGCAGACCAAUAGAUGUGUGCGUCACUUCCAUUUGGAACCCUAGUCUACAACUUAGUUCUCUUUCAUGUAAUAGAAAGCAGUGUUAUGAUGUACCACUAUAGCCACAACCCAACAAGAUUGCCAAUUGCUAGAUGGUAUGAGGUAAUUAGUUAAGAUGUACCGGAGUGUACAGUGUAUUGCUGUUUAAUUCAUGACUGAAAUGGAGUUCAUGGAUCUCGUUUCCUAAGGAAGGUUUAUUCUUUAUGGAUUUUUAGCCUUUGAAGCAGCAGCUUCAGGGCUCUGACUUAAUCUGGUUCCCCCUCUCUUUACCUGUGGUAUAGGAACUAGAGUGUAUUGGCUAAGGUUUUCUUUCCUCCCUGUUCCAUUGAGCUUCAUCAGAGGAGCGCGAGAUAAAAGGCCAUGUUCGUUCGUUGUGUGAAAUUUUCUCUGUCUGAUCAUCAGUCUGUUCCUAUAGCAUGAACACCUCAGUGCCUGGGCUUUGGUGUGUAAUUCCCCUGACAACCCACCGCCCCACCGUUUAACCCCCUUCAGAGACAGACAGAAGCAGUUGAAAGAAUACCUUUUCUCUACGUCGUAUUCGGAGCAUGCAUACGCGGCGCCUAUUGAUUUGAGCUGAAGUGUCGUAGACAAGGCUUUGUAGAACGCUGCAUUCAGCACUUUUAAAGGGAAAUGUUCUGCAGUCGGUCUCCUGAGCAUAGUAGCGAGCAUUGUAACUGUCGCUCCCCCCUCCUUCACAUGCAUAAAUAGUUCAGGGAAUACAUAAAUCAAAAUAAAGAUGACAGCAGGAGCGAUUUAGAGGCGGAAGGAGCGGCAAUAAAACUCUAUCAAAGUGUCGUUUGAGAGCGUCACUCCGGACCCCUGGGCCGCCUCCACCAAUCACAGGCGCACAAAGACAAUCCCAAUAGGGUCUCAGGUAGGGUGGCAGCAGGGGAGGCUGGUCGUCAUGACAACCAACCCCUGUGUGUGUGGCUGCUGCUGGAGUUUUUUUUUUUUUAAGAAGGGAAAAGCGAUUCGGCUAAGUGGAGACUGCAGGCGAAAGAGGAGUAGAGAUGGAGGGCCGGAUGGAGAGAGCUGUCUGAAUGAAAUGCGCCCCCUGAGCACUUGUUUGGUCAGGGAAUCUGAGGACUGCUCUUGAAUUGUAAUGAGGUGGUUUAUUCUUUUAACCUUUUUCACUUUGGGCUGGGUUAACAGCGCCACUUUUAUGAUUCCAUUUGCAUCCACAAUUUUUCAGUGUAAGUGACAGAAUCAGUGGUGGCUAUGAGCAGCAGUUUCCCAUUUAGGACCAAUGAUGAGAAUUCGCCACAGCUAACGCUCUGCCUAAUUGAGCCGUCAUUCACAGUGACACUGACGGCACAGAUCCAGAGCCCAAAGACUAUCUUAAUGUAAAUACACCAUUAUAGACCCUUGUCUGAUAUAAACCUUUCUUUCUCCCUCCGUGUAUCAGUAUUGAUCAGAAUACUUUCCAGGGGGGACGUCAACACCGGAACCAUUCCAAUAUGGUAGCCAAGUUUGUGACAAGUGGUGUGACUUGGCCUCCUUUGUCCUUUCACCACCUGUGACAUCUGCAGCGAGCACGCUGACAUGAUUACAGCUAAUGGCUGUCGGCGACGCGUCACAGAGCUGCACAUCCACCAACCAGCCACUAUUUAUAGGCAGGACAUUUUAAAGCACUCUGGGUGCAUAUAUUGGCCUUUUAUUGGGGUUUAUUUGGGAUCCUUUGGUGGAUUGACACCAUGUUAGAUCUGCUGAGGGAAGGAUGAAGUCAUUUCCUGGCUCUCUGAAGAGAUGCUUCCUGUAGACUAAAAAGAUGUUCUGUUUUUCUCUCCUUUCUCCGCAGUUUGAAGCUGGAGUGUGACAAGCUGGCAAGUGAGAAGUCUGAGAUGCAGCGUCAUUAUAUCAUGGUGAGAGUCUGUGUGUGUUUCUGUGCUGUGACCGUGUGGAGUGAGUGACCCUGCUCUGUCAAAGUCUGCCCCAGGGCCCAUUGGUCCAGUCACAUGGAAUCACAUUCAUACCACCUACUGUACAGGCAGGGGGAUGUUAAACACUGAAAUGAUAUGAAAUCUCUACAAAACAUAUUUUCACCUUUUAUUAUAGGAUAGUUUUGCAACGCGUAAUUGAAUUUGGCACCAUUUUAGUCUUGCAACUACAACAUAUAGCAGUAUUGCUAAAGUAUACAGCGAUAUUGAACAUAUGAUUUCUCUCCUUUACCUUUGUCUCAUGUCUCUACUCUAUUCUACCCCCUCCUCUCUGUAGCCCUGUUCCCAUCUAUCGCUUUCUCCUCCCUCCCCCUCUUCUCUGUGUAUUUCCAUGUCCUUGUUCACUCUCUCCUCCCUCUUAUGAUUCCUCCUCAUCUCAUCUGUGGUCUUUUUGUCUCUGGUGUCGUUAUGUCAUCCUCCCCCUCUUCCUCCCCUCCUCCCCCCGACCCAUACUCUCCACCUCUAGCUAAUCUCAUUGUCUCUGGCCAGGCCUGUGUAGCUGUCUGAUAUUCUGUCUCUAAUUGAUCCGUUGACUGGCUUAAUCUCAUCUAAUCUGUGCUGCACUCGUAUCCAUCAGCGGGUCAGUGUGUGUGUAGCCCCAGCCCAGCCUGGCUCCCCCUCCCCUAAUUGCCUAUCGGGUUCCCCCGCUUCGCCGCCUGCUAACGCAAGCACCUCCAUUUCCCCAGCACCGUAAUUGCUUUAGGGACAUGCCGUUUGGGGCGGAAGGCUUGCUCUCCCUCUCUCUCGUGUGUGUGUGUGUUUGUUUUAGAGCGCUGGAGCCCAUGCCCUCACAGACAGAGCGGGUGAUUUAACAGGGCUAAUGCAGAGCCACUGGCCCGCUCAUUAACACACACGCACCAUCCCUUGUCUUCUCACAGUGACACACAGAAGGACACCUAUACCAGGAUGUGUGUGUGAAGGGUUUUAGCUGGUGUAAUGACAUGAUACAUGACACCCAGGAGAUGGCUGCUGUAGACUGCUCUGUGGUACAGUCAGAAAUACAUAUAGACAAUCUGUCUACAGGACAUGAUGUGAUUUCCCUCCUUCCAUUUAUUAUACUGUAUAUAAUAACGCCUCAUCUUCCUUCUGCUUUACAGUACUAUGAGAUGUCCUAUGGGCUGAACAUCGAAAUGCACAAGCAGGUAAGUCUCCCCCUCUACGUUAAUAGGAACCCCUUCUUCAGCAGUGAUAUCUGAGAUGGGAAUCUGUUCUUCUCAUUAGGGGUGUGCCGAGUAGUCGGACAAAACAAGAAUCGUAACGGAUAUGGGCAGUUUCCGGAGUACGAUUAUGAUCCAAGUAUUUUUUUGUAAUUAUCCGUGAUCGGGGAAAAAAGUUACUUUCAGGUGCCAGCACGCAUCUUUCUCAUGUCAAUCAGUCAUGUGCAAGGUUCUAGGUGGUCUAAAUAACUCAACUGGCUAUAAAGAGAAGGGCGGGCUGUACCUUGAUCCUGCUGCCCUGAUUGGAUAGAGGAAAGCUGUAUUUCUCCGUCCACUUGCUUCAUAAUUUCACCCGAUCAGUUUUACUCGCAUGAGGGAUUGUUCUAAUGGAAGGAGCAGUACAGUACUGCACAGGUGAAAGCUCUAAUCUAGGUAUAUUCCUACAUGGUCAGUGGAAGAGUAGCGUACUACUGUCUUAAGGGGCUCAUCUGGUGCCCAGUGCCCAUAGAUCAGUGGGUGUUGCUGGGGGGGGUAAUUUAUGGGCAGGCUGCGGGGGAGAGCGAUGGGCCUCUGUGGACCCGGCCUUAUCUGCAACCUCGUCUGGCGGUGGUGGCCACCCUAAAAGAUUGACGGCUUCUCCCUGAUAGCCACACCGGCAGCACGGAACACACAGUGAAAAAUUGAGUCACGAACUCGCUCGCACACACACACUCACAAGCGCAUACACAGCCCCCACUCUGCCUCAUGAGCACAAUUCAUCACCCCUACUCCUUUAUUUGACGGGGAUGAAAUAUUUCGAAAUUCAGAGGCGAGAGAGAGGGGAGCUGCGUGUGUGUAUCCCCACUUAUGUUUGCCUGUGUGUGUGUAUCCACACUUUUGUUAGCCCGUUUGUGUGUGUGUGUGCGUGCGUGCUUUGUGUGUCUUUGUGUGUGAGUGGGUGCAGAUGAACUGCGGCAGCAUUAGAGAGUUGAAAUUGAAGGGGAUGUGUAGAACUGAAUGUCGAGGAGAAUUCACAUCUGGGUUUUGUGUUCAGCCUGCUCUCUUCCUCCUCCCACUCUCCCUCGCUUUCUCUCUCCUCCCUCGCGUUCUUCUCUCUGUUCUCUUCAGCUGAGGAGCUCCAGACAGUUUAGUCAGGGAUUGUGCCAGGGAGAUAUUGAAAUUGUUAUUUCUUCUUUCUCUCAGUUUUUUUUAUUUUUAUUUUUUGUCCCUGCCAGUUGCGAACCCUCUCUCCGGUUAGCCUAGAUGAAUUGUGCUCCCGCCUGACAAAACAUUCGGCAUCUCUUCUUAUUUGUGUGUGUGUGUGUGUGCGUGAACUUGUGUGCGUAUAGAAAGAAGAGAGGAGACACAAAAUAAAUGUUUAGAGGAGAGAGCGAGAGAUGUCGGUGUGCAUGAUAGUGAUAAGAGUGUAAUGGUUCAUCUGGAGCUGCGGUGCAUAGUAAUGAGUGUGAUGAGGUCUCUUCUCAGAUAUCACGUUGAAUUAGAAAGUAACACAGUUAAUACUGCUUUGCAUAUCUGAAUUGGUUAUGAUAAUCACUGCCCGAACAAGAUGUAAUGUGUGUGCGUGUACAGAUGUGGGAUCUUAAUUUUACCUACAUUGUCACAGCAAAAUAAUCCUGCAUGUUGCUUGAUUGGUGGUUAGGCUAUUAGCUGGCCAAAAGUAGGCUACUUGAAAAGUGCAAUACUGUUAAUAUAACCGUGGAUUUUCAGUGAAUUUAUGUAAAUCAUGAAGCUCGUCUGCAUUUCCUGCAGUGCAGGAAAAUUCUCAGCAAAAAAAAAGUGAUCAAAUUAAGAUCCUACAUUCUGAAUGUGUGUGUGCUUGUUGUGAAGUGCCCUUUGGGUGCUUUGGGUCUGUGUUGAUGUGAGACUGAGGGUUGUUAAAUGAAGCAAAGGGUUGAUGUGUUUUAUCUCCUCAGGCUGAGAUUGUGAAGAGAUUAAACGGGAUCUGUGCCCAAGUCCUCCCUUAUCUGUCCCAGGAGGUAAGACCACCCUCUAACCCCUAACCCAACCCCACGUGGCACCCUUAGCCUGGAAUGAGAUCAUUCUCAUUUGACUUCUCUCUCCUCCCUCCCUCCCUUCCUGUAUUAUAUUUUUCUCUGUCCUCCCUCCAUUCAUCAUUGAGAGCCCUGUAAUGAAAGGGUCCAGAGCGCUCUGCUGUGAUCCAGAUAAGAUGUGCUCAUUUGUGUCCAUGACGAGUUGACCCUGACCCAUUCAAACAUGGGAGUAGAUCAUUGAUUCUCCAUCAGAGCCCUGUGUUCUGUUAGUGGUAGCUGGCUGAAUAACUGAAUGGGUGAGGAGCACAGGGUCAGUGUUGGUAGUAUUGAUCCAUCUAACCCCCCUCUGUGUGUGUGUGUUUGUCCCCCAGCACCAGCAGCAGGUCCUGGGGGCCAUCGAGAGGGCCAAGCAGGUCACCCCUCCAGAGAUGAACUCCAUCAUCCGGGUAGGCUGCUCCCUCCAGCCCCUCCUCUGUGGGGUUACUGCUGCUCUAUCACUAUUUAACAGCGCUAUCUAUCACUCUAUUAUGAUACAUCUGCUGUUCUGGGUUUUUCUAUAGCUUGGUCUAGUGCUUUAGGUAUUGAAGAUGAUGAUAAAUGAUCUUUGUGUGUGUGUGUGUGUAUUACACUGAGUGUACAAAACAUUAGGAACACCUUCCUAAUAUUGAGUUGCACCCCCUUUUGCCCUCAACAGCCUCAAUUCGUCAGGUAGUGGACUGUACAAGGUGUCGAAAGCUUGUGUCAAGUUGGCUGAAUGUCCUUUGGGUGGUGGAGCAUUCUUUAUACACACAGGAAACUGUUCAGCGUGAAACCCAGCAGCGUUGCAGUUCUUGACACAUUAAAACCGGUGCGCCUGGCACCUACUACCAUACUCCGUUCAAAGGCACUUUAAUAUUUUUUCUUGCUCAUUCACCCUCUGAAUGGCACACAUACAUAAUCCAUGUCUCCAAUUGUCUCAAGGCUUAAACAUUAUUAUUUAACCUGUCUCCUCCCCUUCAUCUACACUGAUUUGAAGUGGAUUUAACAGGUGACAUCAAUAAGGGAUCAUAGCGUUCACCUGGAUUCACUUGGUCAGUCGGUCAUGGAAAGAGCAAGUUUUCCUAAUGUUGUACACUCAGUGUGUAUAUAUGUAUAUGUCACAGGUGGCCGGUGGUACCUUAAUUGGGAGGAUGGGCUCUUAGUAAUGGCUGGAACGGAAUCAUUGGAAUGGUAUCAAACAUGUGGUUUCCAUGUGUUUGAUACCAUUCCAUUCACGCCAUUCCAGCCAUUAUUAUGAGCCGUCCUCCCCUCAUCAGCCUCCUGUGGUUUAUGUAUAAUAUGUGUGUACAUAUAUGUAUAUCAUAUACUCUGUGUGUGUGUGUGCGUGCGUGUGAGAGCCAUAUGCACCCUUCUGUACCUCCCCUGUGUUUGAGCUGUGUGUGUGUUGUCCGCAGCAGCAGCUCCAGGCUCACCAGCUGUCCCAGCUCCAGGGUCUGGCCCUGCCCAUGACCCCCAUGCCCCUGGGCCUGAGCCAGUCAACACUGCCAGCCGUCACCUCCUCCUCAGGCCUCUUCUCCCUCUCCUCCAUCCUUGCCUCGCAGGCCCAGCUGGCCAAGGAAGAGAAGGCGUCCCGCGAGGGAGCCGACAACCACCGUGAGGAGGACGGGGACAAGUCCGACUAG